AUGGAAGUGGACACUGGAGCAUCGGUGAGUGUUGUACCGACCCAGAUGUAUAAUGAAGUUCUAUCCCACGUUCAGCUGAAGAAGGGCGCUGCCCAACUUCCAUCAUAUAGUGGUGAACGAUUGAAGGUGAAAGGAGAAGCUGUUGUACCAAUCAAGUAUGGAAUGCAACAAUCCAUGGAGCGGUCGAUUGCAGUAGAUGUGAUCGACAAGAAAAUGGUUAAUGUACCUGAGAAUUUUCCUCUGUUGUUUGCAGAGGGAGUAGGUACUUUGCAAGGCUAUCAAGCCAAGACAACUUUGUCUUCAGAUGCCAAGCCACGGUUCCAUAGGCCACGCCUAGUGCCUUAUGCCUUACAACAGAAGGUAGAGGAGGAGCUUAAUCGACUGCAGGAAGAGGGCAUUAUACGGCCAGUGGAAAACAGUGAGUGGGCAGCACCUAUUGUCAUUGUGAGAAAGGCUGAUAAUUCUAUCAGAAUUUGUGGGGAUUACAAGGUGACAAUAAACCCCUACCUAGGGAUGGACAAUUAUCCAAUGCCCAACCCACAAGAUCUCUUCGCAACAUUAGCUGGAGGCCGGUAUUUCACCCGACUCGACAUGAAGCAAGCGUACCAGCAAAUGAAGAUUCAUGUGGAUAGUCAAAAAUAUCUCACGAUAAAUACCUCCAAGGGACUGUUUGUCUACACUAGAAUGCCUUUUGGCAUUACUACAGCUCCUGCCAUUUGGGAGCGAGCAAUGGAUGGAAUUUUGAGAGCGAUAGCAGGAGUAACCUGCUAUCUAGAUGACAUUUUGGUGAUUGUGUCGUUGGAAGCAGAACAUGAUGAGAGGCUACGACAAGUCUUGAAACGACUGAGUGAAGUCGGAGUCCGGUUCAAGAAAACUCGGUGCAGCCCAUUGCUUUCGCAUCAAGAACCCUAUCCAAGGCGGAACGAAAACUAUGCGCAACUGGAACGGGAAGCACUGGCGUUAAUUUUCGGUGUGAAACAAUUUCACAAAUACUUGGUGGGACGGUCAUUCACUUUAGUCACGGACCACAGACCACUGUUGAAAAUUCUGGGUCCAAAGGAAGGAGUUCCAUCAUUGGCUGCUGCACGACUACAACGAUGGGCACUAAUCCUUAGUGCGUAUAACUAUGAUCUGGAGUACAUCCCAGGAGCCAAUAAUAGAGAAGCUGACAUGCUGUCAAGAUUGCUUGUUCCUGUGGAUGUCAUCGAUCCGAAUGAGGAGAUUUAUGACUUAGAUUAUUGCGAGCAGUUACCUGUCACUGCAAAGAAGUAG